UGGAUCGACACCGUAACGCUGCCACUGCCACAUCAUUUUUGCUUCGAUUCGGGAAAAUCCGAAACAUCCAUUGAAAACAUGGCGGAUAUUGACAAAGUGAAAGUUCUGGUUGUUGGAGACUCAGGUGUUGGCAAAACUACCCUUGUGCACGUCAUCUGUCACAAUGAGCCCUGCUACACCCCAGCAGCCACUAUAGGAUCCUCAGUGGAAGUGAAGCUCCAUGAGUACAGAGCUGGGACUCCAGCUGAAAAAGAUUUUUUCAUCGAAUUAUGGGACAUUGGCGGAGCCGCAAGUCACGCCAACAGCAGAUCCAUAUUUUAUCACCAGAUCCAUGGAAUCAUUCUUGUCCACGAUCUCACCAACAGAAAGUCACAUCAAAACCUUCAAAAAUGGCUAGCGGAAACCUUAAACAAAGAUGAUGUCCGACCAAGUAAUGGGUACAAUUUUGAUCCUGAGCAGUUUGCUGGAAACCAAGUUCCAAUCUUAGUUAUUGGAACAAAGGCUGACUCUGCUAAGGGACUUAGAGAGAAGAACACGUCGAGAUCAUUUUCCAUAGCAGAAGAGUGUGGUGCUGAUGAGUUUAACCUGGACAGCUUACAAGUUAAAUACCUUGCUCCUGGAUCUACAAAUGCUGUAAAGUUGUCAAAGUUCUUUGAUAAGGUGAUAGAGAGAAAAUGUUCCAGCAAUCAGGUCAGUAGUACUGGCUUUGGUGGCAACCGCCCAGGUUACGAGUUUGGGGAUGUGUAAAAUCGUGAGGGGUCAACUCUCUCGGUCAUUCUAGUCCUCUUCAGUCAAGACGAUUAUGGAAAAACUCGCACAAUGAUUGAGUCUGUUCCCAUUACAUUCAUACUUAUCUUUGUUAUCAUAAAUAAUUUAUUGAAAGGCCUUUGUUUUUUUGUUUUGAAAGCUUGUGCUUGAAUGCAGUGAAUCCUUGGGGGCUGGUGCCAGAUGUGAGCUAGUCUACGAAAACCUGUCAGGUUGAGAGAGACAUAGUAUUGAGAUAUUGAACCAAAUGCAAUUGAAAUUAUCCAAGACGGCCACCGAUUGUCGAGGUCAAAAGCGUUUGUCUUUGACAGGAGAACAACUUGGAUGGUGUCA